GGGUGGGCGGAGCUCGCGUCGCAGCUGCCCUUGAAGGGGGACUGGAAGUUCUGGAGUUCGCUCAGCGUGGGAACAGCAGUUUUCCGAUGCAGCUUAAAGUAGCGGUCCUGGGCGGAGGGAUAACAGGUCUUGCAGCCUCCUAUUACCUUGCCAGAAGCUCGCUAGCGUCUAAGGUUAUCCUUUUGGAGGGCAGCCAUCGGUUGGGGGGCUGGAUUAAUUCCACCCAGGCGGAAGAUGGGGCUGUUUUCGAACACGGCCCCAGAGGGAUCCGACCUGCCGGGCUUGUAGGGAAAAACACCCUUCUGAUGGUUUCAGAGCUUGGGUUAGAAGCCGACAUUCUUCCCGUUCCAGGAAACCAUCCGGCUUCGAAAAAUCGCUACCUCUACGUUGGAGGUUCCCUUCACAAACUCCCUUCUGGCAUUAAGGGCAUUUUCCAGACGGUGCCUCCGUUCUCCAGUCCUUUAGUCUGGAGUGGGUUGAAGGAACUGUUUGCUCCCCGUGGAACGGAAACGGACGAGACCAUCCACGCUUUCGUGGCCCGACGUUUUGGCCAGGAGAUGGCUGAUAUAACUAUCGAUAGUCUCUGCCGGGGAAUUUUUGCGGGGGAUUCCCGAGCGUUGAGCAUCCGUUCCUGUUUCCCGACGUUAUUCCUGGCCGAACGGAAGCACGGUUCAGUUAUGUUAGGCAUGAUCCGUGCCAAAAAAGAAACUUUCCCGGUGGAUUGCCAGCUGAUCCGCCAGGCCUGGGAAGAACGUUGGAGCCAGUGGUCCCUGCGUGGCGGACUGGAGACCCUUCCCCAACGUUUAGCUUCCUUCUUAAGAGAGCGAGGGGUCGAAAUCCACUGCAACGCCCCCGUGAAGCGGCUGGACAGAACAGCCUCGGGAUCCUGGCAGAUUGCGCUGCAGGACGGCACCAUGGAGGCGGAUCAUGUGAUCAGCGCUUUGCCCGCCAGAGCUCUGGCCGACUUGCUCCCUGCCGGAUUCGAACCCCUUAUCCAAGACCUGCUGGCCAUCCAAGCUGUUUCCGUCGCGGUGGUGAAUCUACAAUACGAAAACGCACAACUUCCGGUUAAGGGAUUCGGCCACUUGGUGCCUUCAUUCGAGGACCGUCCGUUGUUGGGCAUCGUUUACGACUCGGUGGCAUUUCCCGAACAGAACGGUCGUAAAGACUCCGCCACGCGACUGACGGUGAUGCUCGGUGGCGCCUGGUUUACAUCACACCUGGGUGACCCGGACACAAUUCCACACAGUGAGUUGUUAAGCAGAGCUCAGGAGGCUGUCAGGAAGCACCUUGGGAUCUCGGCGGAGCCUGUUCACUCCAUCGUUAAAGUCCAUAAGUCCUGCAUUCCCCAAUACACGCUCGGCCAUUGGAAACACAUCGAAAGUGCUACUUCCCAAUUGAAGCAACACAAUCUGGCCCUUAGCCUGGUGGGGGCUUCUUAUGCCGGGGUCUCCGUCAACGAUUGCAUCUUCAGCGCCCAGACAGCAGUGACUCAGCUCGUGGGCGGCGUCCCCUGAGCAUGAGCCGAGUUCUGGAUUCCUGGGAUCCGCCCUCUCUCUCUCUCUCUCUCUCUCAAGGAAAAUAGAAUAACAGAGUUGGAAGAGGCCUUGGAGGUCUUCUAAUCCAACCCCCUCCUCAGGCUGGAGUCCCUAUACGAUUCCAGACAAAUUUGUUAUCCAAUCUCUUCUUUAAAACCUCCAGUUAUGGAGCAUCUGCACCUUCUAGUGGCAAGCCGUUCCACGGGUUAAUUUGUUCGAACUUUCAAUAAAUUUCUCCUGAGUUCCUUCCCUCCUUGGUGAGUUUCCAUCCGUUGCUUCUUGUCUCGGUUUCUGGUGCUUUGGAGCAGAGGUCUCCAACCUUGGCAACUUUAAGACUUGCGGACUUCAACUCCCAGAGUUCCUCAGCCAGCAAAGCUUUGGAGAAUAAGUUGACAUACACACACACACACACACACACACACACACACACACACACACACACACUUCUUUUGGGCCAGCUAGCUUUCGCCAAACUGGUAGACGAGACCUAACUCGGUUUGCACUGCAUUUAAAAUAAAACCCAAACUGUGGUGGGUUAACACUUGGGUUUUAACCUUGGCCACCGAUUCAUAGAGGAAAGAACAGCUGACACUUUUUCAUUGGGUGAGGGAAUAUUUUUAUUUUCAUAAAAAAAAACAAAUAAAACUAAAAUAUAUAUAUAUCAAAAACAAGGGGGAAAAGGGCACCGCUACCGCAAAUAGGGGAUUGACGGCUACAUAAAUAGAAUAAAUAAAAUGACACGUCGUUGGCAGUAUCUAGAGAUUGUGAGGUGAGUAUUGGUGGGGGAGAUGGAAGGAAACAGGCUGGGACCAGCCCUGAAGCAAAGGAGGAAAAAAAAUAUAAUGUGUUUUUCAGAGUAUAAGACGCUCUGGACUAUAAGACGCACCUACAAGAAAACAAG